AAUUCCUCUCUCUCGCUAUCCAGCCCUCCGAGCCAAGUAAGUUUCCCCUCCCUUCUCUACUUUCCCGGUCAUGUCUUCUCUUAGCGAUAGGAUCUCUUCCUCAGAGGACUGCUCCUCUGAGGACUCCAACUCCUCUUCCUCGACCGGGUCUUCUUCUCCUGACUCCAUGCCCGGUCAGACUCCUAACUCCCCCAUACCUGAGCCGCAGCCUAUAAAUCAAAUGCCCGGUGACGUUUUCAUGGGGAGGGACGAGCCGGUUGAUGACGAACCGGGUCCCUAUGACCCUGAAAACGAAACCUGGGAUGCGUGGGAGGAGCGGCUCCAUGCCGCCGGUUACUUUCCGCUCCCCACCUUCUAUGUCCUCGACAUUCCUUCCCAUGUAUCCAAAAUUGCUUUGAACAAAAUCCGUAGGAGGCUCCCGGAUGGGUAUACACUUCUGUAUGAACAUAACUGGCCCAACAUUGUUGAACCCCACCGGGUGGAUAGGAUAGGGUUCCACACGAUUUCCCUAGAUGCGGGCAUCGUUUUUCCCCUUCGCCCCCUUCUAACUGAAGUAAGCCAUGCGUUUAGGAUUUUACCCGGCCAGAUAACCCCUAACGCCCACCGGUAUCUUCAUUCCUUUGUAAAUAUUUGCUCUCACCUGAAAAUCGAUCCCUCCUUGCGUCUCUUUCUCUUUUGCUUUGAAGUCCUACCAGGCGGAUCUGGCUGCAAAGGUUUUGUAUUCUUCAAAGCCCGUACCGGUAGGAAGUUCAUUUCCGAAGUCCCCCAGAGUAACCGGGGAUGGAAGGAAAAGUUUGUUUUCAUCGAGUUUCCCCCCUUCGUCACUCCUUUUGCCGGUCUAAAAUGGAAUGACUAUCUUCUCGAUCAAGAACACGCUGCACCGGCUUCCUCUCCUGACUUGGAAGCAAGUAUUGAAAUCCUUAUGCGCGGCGAUCCAUACACCGGGAGGGUCUUCCACUAUGGGAGCUGGGUUUGGCGGGUUGAAUCGGGUGGUGAGGGUACCUCCCAAGCCCAUGAAGCAGUGGGGCGCGGGGUACCCUCCCCGGGCAACACUGCAGAGGCUGAGGGCCAAAACCACCCAGAUAUGGAGUUCGAAGAGUUCGCCAUCCCCGAUGACCAACCAGCGGGAGACACCGGGGGCUCCCAAGCCAACCCCGCCAGAACCUUCCCGGUCCACCAAGAGACCGUGGAGAUUUUGGAUGAGGACGAACCCCAAGACAACCGGUCUAAGGGGAAGGGAAAAGAGAAGACCGGUCGCCGGACCAAGAAGACCGUGGAGGAGGCCUACAUCAACCUUGGCCUGCGGCUGAGGGAGGUUGGGGAGAUUGCGCCCAUCACCGCCGACCGGUUGGGAAUGGACUCUCCAACCGAGGUGGCCAGGCUGAAGAAGAAGAACGAAGAGCUGGCCCUCCUCCUCAAGAGCCAAACGGAUGAGCUGACCAAGUUGUCCAAGAUGGCCGGAUCCUUUGGGGCAGAGAACACCCGGCUGAAGGAGGAGAACGGCCGGCUGCUGGACGAGGUCUCCGAGACAAAAAGGGAGAUGGCGGAGAAGGAAGAAAACUUCCCCGGGCGCGCAGCCGCCUGGGUUGAGGAAAAUAAGGCCGAAGCUGCCCGGGUUCUGACGGCGAGCCCAGAAGCUACCAUGGAAUCCUUCAGGCUUCUAUACCGGGAGCCUGAAGGAAAGAAGAUGAUUACCGCCGUUGGAUCUUUCGGAUUCAAGUGCGGUCAAAAGAAAGACCGGGCAGCCUCCCACCGGAUCCUCCUGAAGAGAGACCCGGCCUUCACCGCGGCUUCCUACGGCCUGGCUCCCAUCCCGGAGGAAGAGCCGACUCCCCAUUUUCCCUUUGACUGAUCUCCCUGGCUGCGCUCGGUUGAAUUAUCUUGUAAAACUUUGAACUCAUUUCCCCGGGAAUGCCCGGUGUAGCUGUAAAAACACUUAACUUUUUUUGUUCUGCUUUAAUGCAAUGCUUAGUUUCCAUACCGGUUUAGCUUCCAUAUCUGCUUGCUUCUUGAUUGAUACUUCGUUAUUGCUUCUUAGAAUACCAUUAGAGAAAUUCUGACCGGUACAUAAAUCAGGCCAUUUCUC